AUGCGAUUUCUCAAGCUGUUGGCCAUCCAAAUCUAUUGCAUCCACAUCACUGGUUGCAUAAUGUAUUUUCUUGCCGCCACCUCGGACGUAAACCAAAGUUGGAUGUCGUUGGUUCUAAUCGGUGACAAAAACCUCACACAACUCGGGUUUGUGGAGAAUUACGUUUCGUCGAUCUACUUURCCACCGUAACACUUUCCACCAUUGGCUAUGGCGACAUUCACGCAGUCAAUGUAAAGGAGAUGGUCGUUGUGGCCGGUUUUAUAAUCUCCAGUGUGAUUGUGUGGACUUAUGUGGGUGUGAAUUUGACUAAUCUCUUUGUGAGAAAGUCAAAGGCUCAAAUAGUCAGAGAAAAAAUGGAUAUUAUGGAAAAACAAUUGAGAACUACCAGUGUCAAUGAGGAAUUGGCUAAAGAGAUCAGAGAUCAUAUGGUUAUUAAAUAUGAGGAAGAGUACGACAACAAAUUCCUUGAAGAUGUUCCAACUUUUAUUCGAACCAAGAUAUCUCAAGAUUUCAAUGAGAAAAUUAUCAAUAGAGUUGCUCUUUUCAGUGGAUGUUCACCUGAUUUCAUGAAUCAUUUGGCUAGUGAGGCUCAUGAGGAUGUUUACGCCCCAGGAUACACGCUUUUAGAAGAAGGAAGCAUUGUGAAUCAACUUUACAUCUUAUUUUCUGGAAAGCUGGAACAAGUGCGAGCAGGAGUUGUACGUGAACACAUAUUACCUACCAGAAUCUUAGGAUUGGAAUCACUUCUCUUGAAUGUUGUUCUUCCUAAUACCUUUCGAGCUCGUGAGAAAAGCAAGAUUCUGCGACUGCGUAAACAUUAUUUCGUGGAAGCCCUUGAGACAUACGUUCAAGAUGCAGACACAGUGAUUGGAAAUCUAACGAGGGGUACAGACCCCGCUUUUGUGGAGAGCCUCAAAGAUUCCGAGUUUGGUCUCAGAAUGCAAAAAAGUGAGAUCAAGAAUGCAUCGUUGUUAAAUCAUGCAGUUUAUGAUGGAAACUUGUUCAAGGUAAAAGCCUUGGUUGCAUCAGGAGUAGAUGUCAAUUCUAUGGAUUAUAGCAACAUAUCACCGUUGCAUGUGGCUGCCACCAAGGAAAACACAGAGAUAGCAACUUUCCUCAUUGAUAAUGGAGCAGACAUCAACAUCAAAGAUUUGAAUGGGACUACUCCUUUCCUUAAAGCCAUUAAGAAUGGUCAUGAUGGAGUUGCUUCAGUUCUAGCUAAAUCUGGUGCAUUACUCGGAAUUGAUGACGAGGGUGAAUAUCUCUGCAAAGUCGUCUCGGAAAAUGAUUUGGCUUUACUGAGGAGAUUACUGAAAAUUGGAGUGGAUCCCAACCAAAAAAAUGAUGCAGGCCAAACGCCGUUACAUGUUGCAGCUGCAAAAGGUAGAUAUGAAGCAGCUUGUGUGCUUCUAUCAUCCAACGCAAAUUAUAAACUGAAAGACAGGGUUUUCCAAGACCAACCCAGUGUUGGAGUUUUGACUUUGAUGAAGAUGUGA